GACAACGAAUACGACCACCAAUGCUGACAGAAGCUUUGCGACCAAGUCGAUUUCUCGUCACAGUGUAAUUAUCAAGUGUUAAAAUAACCCAGGAUCUAUCGAAAAAUUCAUACCAACAUUCAGGAUUUAUUGGAUUUAAAGUGUUUUUAUAAGAGUGAAGUGAAGUGUUGUUUUUCAUGAAAAGUGUAAUUCAAAACGUGCCUAGGUGUGACUGCGCAGACGCAAUGUAAAUUAAGAUAGAAUCUAUAGUCCAAAAAAAGGAGAUUCAAACUAAAGAAUGUGUUCGAGAUAAAAAAAGAAGUCAAAUUGAUUGAAAAAACUAACCGAAAUCAUGACGGACGUAAAGCAAAUUGAGAUUUCGCAAUCUCAACCUCAGCAACAACAACAGCAACAAGCUCAACAGCAGCAGCAACAACAAAUGAUGAUUGUGACACACGAAAUGCAACAGCAAAAUGUUCAACAACAACACGUACAACAGCAAUCGCAGGCUGUUCAACAACAGCAGCAAGUACAACAACAACAACAACAAAAUCAACAAGUACAGCAAGUACAACAGGUACAGCAAGUUCAGCAAGUACAACAAGUCCAACAAGUUCAACAGCAACAAGUGCAACAACAACAGCAAGUUCAACAGCAACAACAAAUGCAAGUACAACAAGUUCAGCAAGUUCAACAGCAGCAAGUGCAACAACAACAAAUGCAAGUACAACAGCAAGUUCAACAGCAGGUUCAACAACAAGUACAACAGCAAGUUCAGCAGCAAGUUCAACAACAGCAAAAUCAACAACAACAGCAGCAGUCAAAUGGUCAACAUAAUGUCGUACCUACACAAGUUCAAGUACAACCUCAAGUUGCAGCCAUUAUGCCUCAACAACAGGGCGGAACGACAAUUACGACAAUGGCUGCUCAUCCCCAAGCUGUGCAAGUUAUUCAACAACCGAUUCAAAGCCAAGCCUAUCACUUACAACAACUGUACAAUACUCAAGGGGGACCUUUAAUCAUGCCAGGGAAUUUAGCUCUUCAUCCUGCUGGAAUCAAUCCAUCAUCUAUUCAGUUCCUUUUCGCUCCUGGAAGAAAAAACGACUAUCGACGCCAACUUCAGACAGCUCAAUUGAACGGGAAUUCUGAUUGCGAAGAGAAACUUGAAUUUCAAUAUUCACAGGUGAUAACUGCGGGUAAACCAUUCCCGUCGGCAACGCAAUUAACGCCUCACAUGCUAACCACAGCAUCCAAUCCUGGACAAGGUGGCGGUCAUCCUGGAUCUGGUGGAACCAAAGUCCAAGGAUUCCUAACUGGCUAUUUACCAGUACCUACUUCGACCGCUGGAGGUGGACAAACCGUUGUGUUCGGUCAUCAUGGAGUUCUUGGCUCACCACAGCCACCACAGUCCAUGCCCCAGCAACAACAGCAGAACAACAAUAAACAGGAUCAAGUACAAAAAUACACUGCCUGUGCACCUGGAACACCUUCUGGAGGACGAGGUGGAGGAAUGCAGUUUGCUCCCUGGCAAUUCGCCCCACAAGUCGCCUGGACAGGUUUGCAAUCGCCAACCACUCUCUUGACUGCAGCACCAAACCAAAUAUUCAUCCGAGGACCAACGCAGCAGGAUAUGUUCAUUCAAAAUCCUCAACCGAUCCAAGCCCACAAUGCUCUAGCUGCGCAGCAACAAAUUCAAGGCAUGCAACAAAUCACAACUGCAAGCGGAAAACCGCGAGUAAUGGAAAUUCAACAGCAGCCACAGCAACAAGGAAAACCAAGCUCUAGUGGACAGAGACCACUGAGUAUUCUUCCAUCCUCCCUACAAGGAUUACAAGCCGCCAAUAUCCGUCCUGCCAGUUCCGUCUCCACUCAAACAGUUCACGGAGUACAAACAACGACUGGCAAAGGAGGUGGCGGUGCUGGUAAAGGCCGUGGUAAGCCAGUGGUUCGCACAAGUCCCGGUCCAAAUGCUGCAAUAGCAACAACAAAAACCGAUGCGGCUAAUCAAACUAAAUCCAAUGUACAUCAUGCAACUAUGAUAAUGCAACAACAACCUGUCGUGAGCAAUAGUGGCGUCAAUAAAAUACUUAUUACUGCAAAUACUUCCGUUGCAACUUCUGCGCAACCACCUGGCUCACCCAUGUCCACUGCUGACAAACAAAAUUUCGGCCCUCAAAACAAAACAGUUAUGCAAUCACCACAACAGACACAGCAGCAAGUACAACAAACAAUGCAACAGCAACAUCAACAGGUCUUCAUUCAACAGAUGCAACAUAUCCAGCAACAGCAGCUCCAACAACAGUAUCAACAACAGCAAUCCUCUCAGCAACAAAUACAACCCAAACCAAUGAUGGGCGGUAUGGCCUUGCAGCAGCAACAGCAUCACCAACAGCAGACGAAUGUUGUACUUGGAGGAGAGCGACCAAUAAUGCCCGUCGUCUCGAUGAGCGGAGUUGGAGUGGCGACGACUCUGCAGAUGAAUCAAGUCCCUCAGUCUCCGAUGACAACCGUUCAACAACUACAAUUACCGCAGCAAACUCUUAAUUCGGCAAUGAUGACGAAUCAUUUGGUGAAUGGAACAACGCAAGUGCACACAAUGCCAAUGGUAACACAAUCUGCGGAACAACCUCAACAGCAUACACCUCAACAGCAGGAUAUCACAACAUCUCAAAUUGUUGUCACUUCUCUGGAUCGAAAUCAACAAACGGACACAAAUAUUCAGACAAUGAAUCAACAGCCUGUUCCUAGUGAAGAGGCUCUAAAAUCAACUCCCAAGAAGAAUGAUAUGCCAAUCAUUGAAGAAGCACCAAUCCCAAUGGAUACGACAGAAGUGGAUCAAAGUAAACCUGCCUUGAAGGAGGAUGUGGAAAGUGUGACAGGAAAAUUAGAUGAUAAUAUGAAUAACAAUCCAUUGGCAGGUUUGGCGACAGCUGUCAAUUCAAUAACGAAUGGAAUAACCGGUAGCGAGGAAUCUACGGUUCCAAUAUCAUUGCCAAUGAAUGUUAAUAGUAAACAAACUCCGUUGAAAGCGAUGGUGAAACCUCAAGUACUCACACAUGUGAUCGAAGGAUUUGUGAUUCAAGAAGCUUCUGAACCGUUCGCUAUCAACCGAACAAAUCUCAAUGGUUCCCUGAGUCAAGAUUCAAUUUCUAAUCGCAAUAGUGAAAAGGAUGGUUAUGAGGAGCCACCAAGAAAGAAAGCUAACUACACAAAUGACGAAAAUAUGGAGAAUAAUCAUAAUAACAAAUGUGAAGCCUGCGGAAAACAAAUGGAUGAACAAACUGGAAAACUCAGGAAAGACAAGAGAUUUUGUUCAUCAAUAUGCGGAAAGAGCAAAAAACGAGAAAAUAGGGAUCGUGACGCAGGAGAAAAACAAUGGACGGAAAUGGAAAUUGACGCUAAAAAUAAUGAAAUGGAAGCAAUUAAGAAAAAUGGAGAGGAUAAAUCAUUAACGACAAGCACAACGCCGAGUAUAGACGAUUCUUUACCAAAAAUAAAUCCUGUCAAGUGGACGGUAAACGAAGUCUGCGAUUUUAUUCGAAAUCUACCUGGUUGUGCGGAUUAUGCAGAAGAUUUUGCCAUUCAAGAAAUUGAUGGACAAGCAUUAAUGUUGCUGAAAGAGGAUCAUCUCAUGUCAGCAAUGAGCAUUAAAUUGGGUCCAGCAUUGAAGAUAGUUGCAAAAAUUGAUUCAAUGAGAAUUGAUUCAAUGUCCAGUAUAAGCCCCGUGUCGAGCAAUAACAUUUAAGUGUAUAAUUCAGGGAUAGUGCAAAGAAAAAAAGAAAAACAAUCUUGAAAACGUUUUUACAAAAACAGGGUUCGAGGAUGUUCAAAUUGUUAAUAUUGUUAAUAUUUAUGAAAUUCAGUUGAAUUUUCAAAUUUAAUUUAAAAUUAUUUUUUUAAAAAAAAAUUAUAUUUCGAGUAAACUUUUUCUUUUCUUGUAGAACAUUUUGGACCAUGUUUUGUGAUCAUUUUUUAUCAGAAGGAAUCUCGAACAAUGAUAAAUAAACAUAUCUAGUGAUUUAAGUUCGAGAUUUAAAAAGAAAAAAUAUAUAAAAAAAAACUUUUGUGACUACCGUGCGUGUAUCGGAAAUAUUUUUAAAGUCAACAACUUUAAAAUGUGCGUCAAAUUCGUUGAAUACGAAAAGAACUGAGUUCUGAGUCUAAUUUUUAAGUUCACAACAAUGUACAUAUUAUAGAUAAGAUGUUUAUUUAAAAAAGAAAAUGCAAAUUUUAUAGAAAACACGAGUAUAGUCAAAGAUAGUAUAUCUGUUUUCGUGAUUUACUUUUAAUUGAUAAAAAUUAAUGAGGCAGCUGUUUCAUUUUAUUUUCAUUUAUUUUAACAGUAAAAACAAACUUGAAUUAAUUAAAAUGCAUUUAGUUUAUUCGAAAUAAUAUCAAGAUAGUUAAAAAAAAAAAACGAAGUACUAUCUUCGAUAUGUCAUGUGAAUUCUUGUCAAUAGCAAUCUAAUAAUUAUAAAAUAAUUUUAAGCUUUUUUCAAAUAAUGCCGAAUAUAUAUAAAUAUAUAUAUUUACCUUUUAUACAAAAUUUGCGUAAAAGUUCGGUAAAGAUUUAGAUAAUGAAAACACAUUUUUGUAAGUAUGUCUUAAAACCGUUAAACUGGUAACACUGUACAUAAACAAAAAAAUUGCGAUAUGUAAAUCCAUCAUCAUUUACAAACAUUACUCAGGGUCUACUGUUUUUUCUACACUCCUUUACACAUCUACGUAUGCAUCAAUAAAUAUUUCUAAGUUUUUUUUA